CUUGUUCCCACGAAUCCUCAGGUUCGCCUCUGAUUGCAAUUUCGCACGUCUUGGCCAAGCGAGCACCGAGCCCUUCUUAAACGUGUCUGGAGCCAAUGCAGGUACACACCACCAACGGGAUGACCUUCUAGCCGCAGCGACUAACCAGCGUGGCGUCGACGACUAAAUCCAGGCACACCAAUCAUCAUCAUCUUGCCCCUGUCACUUUCAACAGACAUCCACAAAAUCUUGCGUGGUGAGCUGUCAUAUCUCCCCCGAAAUCAUCACCCUCACAUCCACUCCUGGAACUGCCUCUCCACUUUGAAUCUCUGUCGCUCUCGUCUCUCAUUUCCGCAUCUCAAACAGACACGUCAGAUAGGACCACCGCAGGUACGCAGGCCUGACUACCACCGUCCCAUCCAAGACUCGUGAGACAAUCCUCCACCCACCUCAUUACUCACCUCACUGCCACCCACCUUCUUGCUGAUGCUCUUUUUGCAUCUUGCUCGUUGAUCACGCGCCUUUUCCUCACCUCCCCUUCAUCACCUUCGACCUUUUUUCAAAGAGUCGCUUGCUGUCGCCCCUCUUUUAUCGACAGUCGCUCUUGUCCACUCCUUUGACCUUGGUCCGGUCACUGAAUCUCCAUCGAUCUCAUCGUCACCGAAACAACGAAACAGUCAGAGACUGAACUUUCCCUCCCCUUCGUGGCUAGUCGCUACAAGAUCCCAUUUCGUCGCACACAAACGCUGAACGAUGGCCGACCUCUCCCAUCUUCAUCUACACAACAGAAUGGCAGCGUUGGCCAAACGACAGAACUCGGUCGUGACUGAGGGCGGCACUGUCUACUCGGUCGUCUAUGUCACCGCUGAACCGACUUUCACUGGCGUCAUUGGAGGAUAUACAACAAUCACCGACGGCGAUGCCGCUGCGGCUACGACGAAUUCUUUUCCAGGUGCCUUGACCCAAGAAGCUCCCGAAACUUCCACCGCUCCUACCGAGACAGUUGUCGGCGUUGAAACUUCGUCAUCUCAGUCCACCCGACCAACGCAAACUCUGGCCAACCCUACUACCAUUUCAAACGAAAUCGCAUCAAGCAAUUCGGCAGUUGCAGGUGCCAAUUCGACCUCUGGCGCAUCCUCGUCGUCGUCUACCUCCAGUGAUGGCCUUUCGGUCGGUGCCAAAGCAGGUAUUGCCGUUGGCGUCAUUGCAGUCGUUGGACUGAUCGGUAUAUUAUUGCUCUUCUGCUUGGGCAGGAAGAAGAAGCAACGUCAAGCAGAAGCUGCCAAAGAGAAUGAAAAAGCCACUUAUGGCAGUGGAGCAGCGGCCAGCACUCCUCCCACCGAAAUGGUCGAUAGAAGCCCUACAAGUGCUCAAGCCCCUCGCCUAAGCCUCCGUCCUGUUUCUCGAAUGCUUCCCGAAUUCAUGGGAUCUGGACCCAAGACCAGACUGAGUGGUGGAAAUCUUCUGACAAGCAUUGGCGAGACAGGCUCCGGCCGUGGUCCAGCACAACAACAGCGAGGCCCCAGUCCUAUCCAAAACCAGCCACAAGAGAAUCCUUUCGCUGAUCCGCAGAACCCCUUCGCUGACCCGGAGAAAACUGCUCUUGUACCUGCUCCAUUGUCUGUUGGUCCCGCCCCAUCCAACGCUCCCCAAACGUCUACCACCGCCGUCACAGCUGCUGGUGCAAUUGCUGGCGCAGCCGCUGCUGCUGCAGGCGCUCCCCGUGCCACUCCAGACCACUCGGCUUCCAACAGCAUGUCGAAUCCUGCCCCCCUGCCUAGGCGCACUUCGCAACCCUCGACCCCGGUGACCCCUGCUCCAGUUGUUGCGACUGGUCCAGGCGCUGAACAACCCCAAGGCAAUGUCUACCGCAUUAUGAUGGACUUCAAGCCUUCUAUGGAAGACGAGCUUGAGCUUGUCAGUGGCUCACUCGUCCGUAUGCUCCACGAGUACGAUGAUGGAUGGGCUCUAUGUAUCAGACUCGACAGAUCUCAACAAGGUGUUGUCCCACGAACCUGUCUCGCAGCCAAACCAUCCAAGCCCAAGCCAGCACAUCUCAACCAGUAUGCAAAUAGUCCACAAGCAAUGAGACCGGCCCCUGGCGGUGGUUCCCGCCCCAUGUCACCUGCAGGCAACUACGGACCUCCCCGAGCUGGCCCUCCUCGACCAAUGAGCCCUGCUGGAAGACCAGGCUCUCGUCCCAUGUCGCCCGCCGGCCGACCCGGUUCACGUCCCAUGUCACCAGCCGGUCGAUCGAUGAGCCCAGGGCCAUUCAACCAGGCACCCCGACCCUUGUCACCAGGACCCUUGUCACCAGGACCCCGACCUCAACAGCGAAGCAUGUCUCCCGGGCCCUACGGUGGUCGUGGAGGACCUGCGCCCAUGGGUGGUAAUCAGUCACGCCGUCGAAGCAACUCUGCCAGCGCAAUGAGUGUUCGAGACAGACGCAACUCGCCCCCUGGCCCCUCCAACCUACGACAAGGAUCAACAGCCCAGGGACCCGGCAUUGCUCUGUGAACAAAACCCCAUCGCAGCUAAUCAACAGAGUCAGUUCUCGUGCGAACAAGAAUGAAGCUCUUCGCUGACUGAAGUGGUUCUACAUCUCCAGGUCGAAUGAUGAUUUCUUAUUGCCAACACGUGCUCUACGAUUGAGAUCAACUCUGCUCCAUGUGAUACCUUGUUUCUUGGGUCGGGAUUUUCAUUGCCAUUCGAUUAUACACCUUUAAGUCUUGGACUUUGAUCUUCUCAUCAUCACCAUUGAUGAUGGGGCAAGAGAGAACAGAGAGACAGAGACAAUACGCGCGUUCUUGAUAUCCUUGAUUGAAGCUGUGCUGGGAUUGCGGGAUUGGGAUGGUGCUUCUAGCUGGCGCUCGCUCGCUCGCUGUGUUGUUGAUGAGCAUACCGAGAAUAGGUUAUUCGAUUCACCCACUCGGUCGAAGAUACCUUACCUUACAGUAGAUAGAUAAUGUGAAUGUCAUGUCAACUUGGUUGUGAUUGGUGCAGCUGAGUAGGUGCACUGGGAGUCCUGUUGCCCGCGACGAUGAAUUCUAGGCCGAACAAAGAGAAAUAUCUCUU